AUGACACCACCUUGGCAAGCGGCGGUGAUUGGCUGUCAAAUCAAAAGAGAGAUGCACCCUUGCUGGGACGGCACAGCACACGAUAAGAAGCCUGCCGGCAAAAAAAAAAAAAAAAAAGAACCACACAAGAAUGCCAAGGCGACUAGGAAGCGUUUCCAAAGCUGA